AAACACUAAAUACUACCUAAAUAUCCUAACAUGGAGAGAAAAGUAGCUCGAGAAUUUCGACACAAGGUUGAGUUGCUAAUUGAUAAUGAGGCAGAGAAGGAUUACCUGUAUGACGUUCUGCGCAUGUAUCAUCAGUCUAUGGACUUGCCUGUCUUGGUGGGGGACCUGAAGUUGGUCAUCAAUGAACCAAACCGCCUGCCUCUGUUUGAUGCUAUUCGCCCGCUUAUCCCUCUCAAACACCAGGUGGAGUAUGACAACCUCACACCAAAGAGAUCCAGGAAGCUGAAGGAGGUGCGCUUGGACCGGACUCACCCUGAGGGCCUGGGUCUAAGUGUACGAGGUGGCCUAGAGUUUGGCUGUGGACUCUUCAUCUCACAGAUCAUAAAAGAUGGACAGGCUGGAAAUGUGGGCCUGCAGGUUGGGGAUGAGAUUGUGCGUAUCAAUGGCUAUUCCAUCUCCUCUUGCAUUCACGAAGAGGUUAUCAACCUUAUCAAGACCAAGAAGAUUGUGUCCCUUAAAGUCAGAUAUGUGGGAAUGAUUCCAGUAAAAAGUUCCCCCAAUGAACCUCUAAAAUGGCAGUUUGUGGAUCAGUUUGUGUCUGAAUCCGGGGAGAAGAAAACCAGCAUGGCUGGCCUUGCCUCCAUUGGAGGAAAAGAAAUCAAGGAGAAGAAAGUAUUCCUCAGUCUGGUUGGCACAAAAGGCAUGGGCAUUAGCAUCUCAAGUGGACCUACACAAAAACCUGGGAUCUACAUCAGCAAUGUAAAGCCUGGCUCUUUGUCUGCAGAAGUGGGAUUACAGGUUGGAGAUCAGAUUGUUGAGGUUAACGGAGUGGAUUUUACUAACGUGGAGCACAAGGAGGCAGUUCAAGUGUUGAAGAGCAGCAGAAGUCUAACAAUCACAGUCCUCACUGGAGCUGGCAGUGAGUUGUUUAUGACAGAUGAAGAGAAGCUGGCAGCGGAAGCUCGGCGAGAGCUGGAGCGCCAGAAGCUCAUGAAUCAGAAGAAAGUAGCUCUGGAGACCAACAAGAUCAUCAAAGAACAGCAGGAGAAAGAGCGACAAAGAAAGAUGGAGAUAUCUCAAAAAACUGCAGAGGAAGAGGAACGAUACCGGAAGGAGAUGCAAAGGAUUGAGGCAGAAGAGAAAAAGCACAACAAGGACUGGGAGGAGGAUUGGGGUUCAAGAGAAAAGUCCAAAACCAUAUCACGUUCUCCUUCUCCACCUCCAUCCUGUUCACCUCCUCCAUCCAAGCCCAAAAGUUCAGCUGCUGAAGCUGACAGUGAUGAGGAAGAAAAUGAGAGCAGAGAUGGAUUCCAGAAAUAUGUGGACAACUUUGAUCCUUAUUCCAUGUUCACCCCUGAGCAGAUAGCAGGUAGAGAUGUACGGCUACUGAGAAUCAAAAAGGAGGGUCCACUGGAUCUGGCUGUGGAAGGAGGAAUAGACUCUCCACUUGGAAAACUUGUGGUUUCAACCAUCUAUGAAGGAGGCUCAGCAGACAAGCAUGGUGGAGUGGUGGCAGGUGAUGAAAUCAUGGCAGUCAAUGGAAAAAUUUUAACAGAUGUGACCCUAACUGAAGGACAAAAUGCUUUAGCACGAUCCUGGAACAGUGGAGGGGACUGGAUUGACCUGGUGAUUGCUGUCUCUCCACCAAAAGACUAUGAAGAUGAAGUCCCUAAAGCAGCAUCAGUCAGUACCACUGCAAACAGAAAGGUUUUCCAGGGCAGUGCAUCUGUGUAUAGGCAGGGCUAUGUGCUACAGACGAAAGCACCUCGGCCCCCGUCCUGAUCAGCUACACACUCGACAUUCUUCUAAGCCUGGUCACAAGUUGGGAACACUGGCACAGAUUCAACUCCUUUUCACAGUACUAUAAUGUGUACUAUAAUUAUGUACAGCCAGUAUACAUGUUGAUGUAGUAAAAGCAAAAGAUUAAAUGUCUUGUCAUGUAUGUCUUGGAAUUCAUUAUGAACUGUAGUUUACAUGUUAAAGAUCGGGGCAUAAAAGAUCUGUUAAAAGCACACAAACGUUUUCUCAAUAGCUUUUGUAGGCCAA